UCACUACUCUACCCGCAGCAGCCAUGAUGGUAGGUGUUAUUCACAAUUUACUCUAGCUAGCUAACCUUAUUGUUUUAUAUGUGCAAUCAUCCGACACAGACACAUUCAUCAAUAAACGAUGAUUUGCGCAUCGAACGGUAAUGUGGCUAAUGCAUGUUGUCUUGUGCCGCCGUCUUCUGUUUAACGUUACCUAGCAAGAAGGGCUGGACGAUGGUCCCGAUUUCCUCUCCGAGGAGGACAGAGGAGUAAGUUUUUUUCUUCUUAGAUUAAAAAUAUAUAUAUUUCUCUUAUUUGUCUCUGGUCGUAACAGUUAGCUAGAUUAUAUUUUUGUCUUAUUCGUGCUCUGCAGUAAUUACUUAUUGCAUGAUCUGAUCAGCUGUUAGACAGGUGACAACAGAAGUCACAUUUGUUGAAUAGCUAGCGUUAGCUAAGUUAGCUACAUACAGUAGUCAGCUUGACCACAUCAGAAGUCAGUUGACUUCCUAGCUGGCCAGCUAGCUGGCAACUGUUACAAUCCAUUAGGAGAGCUCCCUCUUGUUAACAAUGAACUUACAUAAGCUUAUGUUAACUGCUCACUGUAUUAAUAAGAAGUCUAUUGCCAUUGCUAACUAGUAGCCCACCCAUCUAACUAUGCAUAUGUAUUAGCUUUCUGCUAUUGUUUUGCAGGCUAGUUUGCUAGCUAAGCAAUCAUUUGACAGAGCUAGCUAACUAGCCGUUAGAUGUAAUUGUUGUGUCCUGUUGGAGCAUUAGCUAUGUAGCUAUAAUGGCAUUGAAUGCUAGCGCAUUUCAUUCAUUCAUAAUGCUGAGCAAUAUUGUGCUAGCUUGCUAGUAUAAUUGGAUAACAACAACAUUACUAACCCUAGUAAGCAAGGAAGACUGCUGUCAACGCUAGUUGAAAGUUUCACAUACCUUUUCAUUUGCAUAUUGGUAUAUCCCUCUCCUCCAAAAGGGGCAAAACAAACAGUAGUCUUGCUAUAUCUGUCAUCUCUUUCUGUGGAAUGUAGCCAGCUUGUGGGGAAUGGUGAUUUUGUCAUUUGCUUGUCACUAAAUACAAUACUAAAUUCAAUAUCUAUUACAAUAUUUUACAGCCUAGGGCAGUCAAUGUUGACCUCCAAACUGAUGCAACACUUCAAGUGGACAUUUCUGAUGCAUUAAGUGAGCGGGACAAGGUUAAGUUUACUGUCCAUACUAAGGUAAGAGAGUUAAGCUAUCUGUCAGUAUUUCUUCCUGUUUGCCCUGACACUUGGCAAAUAAAAGGGCAAUAACACAGAUAGAACAAUGAGACAGAUAUUUCACCGGAUGUAUAAAUGUGAAGCAUCCGCUUGGCGUUUCCACUCACUGCCAAAUAUGGUAGUGAGAGGAAGCCCACUGGCUGGGUGUGGUAGAAGAUGGAACGAGAUGGAUUUUGGAAGACAUUCUGCACAUUUUCUCAUCUAUGAAACAGUUGAUCUCAAUACAGUUUUCUGUUCCCAAAACUAGAAUCUGUUAUGAACAGAGUGGACUAAGUUUUAAAAAAUUGUGUUGUUUAGAAGGAGUGCAAAGGCAAAUGGAGUUCCUUGUAGUGGUCCUCUGUAGCUCAGCUGGUAGAGCACGGCGCUUGUAAUGCCAAGGUAGUGGGUUCGAUCCCCGGGACCACCCAUACACAAACAAUUUAUGCACGCAUGACUGUAUGUCGCUUUGGAUAAAAGCAUCUGCUAAAUGGCAUAUUAUUAUAUUAUGUCACACACUGUACAGAGUAGGCGUUCCUUAACGGAAAUAUGCAGAUGCAUGCUAGAAUGCACCACUAGGAUCUUGCUAGCUCGUGCUAGGCUCUGCCCACCUCCUUGCUUGAUCUGCCCGCUAUGACUCAUUUGUUCCCAUUAGAAACGACAGGCAGUGGUCUAUCUUGGUUUAGUUAUAAAAAUCUUGGCAAUAAUGUACAGUGGGGAGAAAAAGUAUUUGAUACACUGCCAAUUUUGCAGGUUUUCCUACUUACAAAGCAUGUAGAGGUCUGUAAUUUUUAUCAUAGGUACACUUCAACUGUGAGAGACGGAAUCUAAAACAAAAAUCCAGAAAAUCACAUUGUAUGAUUUUUAAGUAAUUCAUUUGCAUUUUAUUGCAUGACAUAAGUAUUUGAUCACCUACCAACCAGUAAGAAUUCCGGCUCUCACAGACCUGUCAGUUUUUCUUUAAGAAGCCCUCCUGUUCUCCACUCAUUACCUGUAUUAACUGCACCUGUUUGAACUCGUUACCUGUAUAAAAGACACCUGUCCACACACUCAAUCAAACAGACUCCAACCUGUGGUCCUCUGUAGCUCAGCUGGUAGAGCACGGCACUUGUAACGCCAAGGUAGUGGGUUCGAUCCCCGGGACCACCCAUACACAAACAAUUUAUGCACGCAUGACUGUAUGUCGCUUUGGAUAAAAGCAUCUGCUAAAUGGCAUAUUAUUAUAUUAUGUCACACACUGCACAGAGUAGGCGUUCCUUAACGGAAAUAUGCAGAUGCAUGCUAGAAUGCACCACUAGGAUCUUGCUAGCUCGUGCUAGGCUCUGCCCACCUCCUUGCUUGAUCUGCCCGCUAUGACUCAUUUGUUCCCAUUAGAAACGACAGGCAGUGGUCUAUCUUGGUUUAGUUAUAAAAAUCUUGGCAAUAAUGUACAGUGGGGAGAAAAAGUAUUUGAUACACUGCCAAUUUUGCAGGUUUUCCUACUUACAAAGCAUGUAGAGGUCUGUAUUUUUUAUCAUAGGUACACUUCAACUGUGAGAGACGGAAUCUAAAACAAAAAUCCAGAAAAUCACAUUGUAUGAUUUUUAAGUAAUUAAUUUGCAUUUUAUUGCAUGACAUAAGUAUUUGAUCACCUACCAACCAGUAAGAAUUCCGGCUCUCACAGACCUGUCAGUUUUUCUUUAAGAAGCCCUCCUGUUCUCCACUCAUUACCUGUAUUAACUGCACCUGUUUGAACUCGUUACCUGUAUAAAAGACACCUGUCCACACACUCAAUCAAACAGACUCCAACCUGUGGUCCUCUGUAGCUCAGCUGGUAGAGCACGGCGCUUGUAACGCCAAGGUAGUGGGUUCGAUCCCCGGGACCACCCAUACACAAAAAUGUAUGCACGCAUGACUGUAAGUCGCUUUGGAUAAAAGCGUCUGCUAAAUGGCAUAUUAUUAUUUAUUAUUAUUCUCUCCACAAUGGCCAAGACCAGAGAGCUCUGUAAGGACAUCAGGGAUAAAAUUGUAGACCUGCACAAGGCUGGGAUGGGCUACUGGACAAUAGGCAAGCAGCUUGGUGAGAAGGCAACAACUGUUGGAGCAAUUAUUAGAAAAUGGAAGAAGUUCAAGAUGACGGUCAAUCACCCUCGGUCUGGGGCUCCAUGCAAGAUCUCACCUCGUGGGGCAUCAAUGAUCAUGAGGAAGGUGAGGGAUCAGCCCAGAACUACACGGCAGGACCUGGUCAAUGACCUGAAGAGAGCUGGGACCACAGUCUAAAAGAAAACCAUUAGUAACACACUACGCCGUCAUGGAUUAAAAUCCUGCAGCGCACGCAAGGUCCGCCUGCUCAAGCCAGCGCAUGUCCAGGCCCGUCUGAAGUUUUCCAAUGACCAUCUGGAUGAUCCAGAGGAGGAAUGGGAGAAGAUCAUGUGGUCUGAUGAGACAAAAAUUUAGCUUUUUGGUCUAAACUCCACUCGCCGUGUUUGGAGGAAGAAGAAGGAUGAGUACAACCCCAAGAACACCAUCCCAACCGUGAAGCAUGGAGGUGGAAACAUCAUUCUUUGGGGAUGCUUUUCUGCAAAGGGGACAGGACGACUGCACCGUAUUGAGGGGAUGAUGGAUGGGGCGAUGUAUCGCGAGAUCUUGGCCAACAACCUCCUUCCCUCAGUAAGAGCAUUGAAGAUAAGUCUUGGCUGAGUCUUCCAGCAUGACAACGACCCGAAACACACAGCCAGGGCAACUAAGGAGUGGCUCCGUAAGAAGCAUCUCAAAGUCCUGGAGUGGCCUAGCCAGUCUCCAGACCUGAACCCAAUAGAAAAUAUUUGGAGGGAGCUGAAAGUCCGUAUUGCCCAGCGACAGCCCCGAAACCUGAAGGAUCUGGAGAAGGUCUGUAUGGAGGAGUGGGCCAAAAUCCCUGCUGCAGUGUGUGCAAACCUGGUCAAGACCUACAGAAAACGUAUGAUCUCUGUAAUUGCAAACCAAGGUUUCUGUACCAAAUAUUAAGAUCUGCUUUUCUGAUGUAUCAAAUACUUAUGUCAUGCAAUAAAAUGCAAAUUAAUUACUUAAAAAUCAUACAAUGUGAUUUUCUGGAUUUUUGUUUUAGAUUCAGUCUCUCACAGUUUAAGUGUACCUAUGAUAAAAAUUACAGACCUCUACAUGCUUUGUAAGUAGGAAAACCUGCAAAAUCGGCAGUGUAUCAAAUACUUAUUCUCCCCACUGUACAUGUCUGAAUCGAGACUCAUGUCACAUGACUUGCAAAUAUGUUCCUCCCCAGCAGUUGUGUUAUCGCCACAUUCAUAUUGUCUUCUGAAACCUAGUGUGCAUGUAUGCAAAAUAUGCUUUGUUGAAGUCAUGGAAUGCAAAUGAAGAAAUUAAGCUCUGUGCAUGAUCGCAUUUCACUCCACUUAAUUUUCAAUGCAGAGAGAAUUCCAAUAGUCAUUACCUGUCACUGUCAGUGUAACCUCAUAAUGUCAUGGGUUUAUAUGUUUUUACAGCAACUUUUAUCAUGUUGCAAGGACUCUUGUGAAGGAAGGAAUUAAAUCAUGAUUGAAAGGGGUUAACCGUUGCCUUGACACUUGAGAUGAUCAUUCUGAUCCAGAUCAAGUCUGGUUUUCCAUUUUUAUUGAGCUGCAAAUUCUAAUUUGCAGAUAGAUAUUUUUAGGAGACCCAUGAUAUGCCAUACAUACUCUAUUCGGCUAUGAUUUUCAGUAGAAUUUGUCCCAACAGUGACCAAUGUUCCCUCUAAGCUGCAUCAAACACAUUUUCAGUCACCUCCUUGUCUGAAGGACAAGUGGAUGAACAGGUUAAUGUCAAGCCCUGCAUGUUUUUUUUUCAAAAGGCUCAUGGAAUGUAGGCAUUGAAGACCACACAUUGGCUGCUACUAUAGGCUGAAUGAUAGAACAGCUAUUUCCAUGUUAAAAUGUUAUGGGAUGCGUUUUCCCCAUUGUUUUUGAUGGUAGGCCACUCUGGUAGGCCUACAUUAUGAUCAAAUAGCCACAGUAGCCUACUUGGCCACUAUUAAAACUGUAACUUAAAGCGGGUACAACCUCAGUGUUCACAGUAAACGCAUGCUGGAAGUUGCACAGAAUUUUCACAACGUUCAAGUUUGUGCUCAGCAGACCUGGAAUUUGCUCAGUGCCGGAAUUUGUUUUAGAUGGAACAUCAUCAGUGACAUCUGAUUCCUAUUGUUUUGUUUCCCAGAGCACUCUUCCUAACUUCAAGCAGAAUGAGUUUUCAGUGGUGAGGCAGCAUGAGGAGUUCAUCUGGCUCCAUGACUCUUUUGUGGAGAAUGAGGAAUAUGCAGGCUACAUUGUAAGUACUGAGCUCCAUCAGAGAUACUCUGUGUAUGGGUCCCAAAUGGCACCCUAUAAAGUAGUGCACUAUAUAGGGAAUAGGGUGCCAUUUUGGGACUCAGCAUGUUUUGGCUUUCAGGAUAAGCUCAUAAAUUUAGUGUUUUGUAAAACAACUUAAUUAUUCAUUGUCAAUCCCCUUUCUUAUUCAAACUCCCUGGUUCCAUGUAGUAAGAACUUAUUAGCAAGAUGUUCAAUUAAAAAAAACUACUGAUUUAAAGUGUAAUGGUGAUUCCCCAUAGAUUCCCCCAGCCCCACCAAGACCUGACUUUGAUGCCUCCAGAGAGAAGUUACAGAAACUAGGGGAAGGUGAAGGUUCCAUGACCAAGGAAGAGUUCACCAAAAUGAAACAGGAACUUGAAGCGUGAGUGAUUUAGAGUUCAUGGCGGGGUUCAUUAGGGCACAUUGUGUGAAGUUUCUUGUUGGACAAGUUCAGAUAGUACCACACUGUUUUUGUGUUUUCUUCCGUUUCGUUCCUACUGAACACGACCGAUGUUGCUCUGACAUUGUUUUUGUGUUUCAGUACAGUGGUUUGGUUGGGAUAAUUUGCUAAUAAUAAUGCUAUUGGUAAUAUCUAGGCUAUAUCUGUGUGUUUCAGCGAAUACUUGGCUAUCUUCAAGAAGACUGUGGCGAUGCAUGAAGUGUUUCUUUGCCGUGUGGCUGCGCAUCCUGUCUUGAGGAAAGACCUGAACUUCCAUGUAUUUUUAGAGUACAACCAAGAUGUGAGUGUGGUUAUAAUGACCAAAUUAGGAUUUUGGUGACGAUUGUUGCUGUGGACAUGUUCUUAGACAAGCUCUCUCUCGUUUUAUUGAACUUUAGAUAACUGAAAAGUCGGAUGUGCCUGAAAACAUUAGAAUAUUCUGUUCCCUUACCUUGUCUUAGUUUUAUCAUUGUCAGUUUGUCCUUAACUGACAUUUUGUCCUUAUCAUUUGUUCACAGCUGAGUGUACGAGGCAAAAACAAGAGGGAGAAGAUGGAAGAUUUCUUCAAGAAUGUGGUGAAGUCUGCAGACGGUGUGUUAGUGGCAGGGGUGAAGGUGAGUUGGGUUCGCUUUUCUAUGUAAACCAUUCGUCCACUCUUUUCUAUGUAUAGGUCCCCUGUAGCUCAGUUGGUAGAGCAUGGCGCUUGCAAUGCCAGGGUUGUGGGUUCGAUUCCCACGGGGGGCCAGUAUGGAAGAAAAAAAAGUAUGCACUCACUAACUGUAGGUCACUCUGGAUAAGAGUGUCUGCUAAAUGACUGAAAUGUAAAUGUAUACCGUUCAUCCACUCUUUUCUAUGCAAAUCCAUUCAGCCAAGCAAAUGGGUAUUAAACUUGCUUUGAGUUUUAUAUUAUAAUGAAGGCACAACAUAAGCAUUUCACGACUUAAACAUUGUUUGAAAAACAUUGUUAGCAUCAUGAAUGGUGCUCACAUUUGUGUAAAUGCAUUUGUCAAAUUAGUUUAUUUUCUGAUUUUUUUACUUCCGAUUUUUAUAUAAUUUAUUUCUAACAGUUAUUACUUGUAUAAAGUUUGACGUGAUUGUCUUUUGGAUUUCAGGAUGUAGAUGAUUUCUUUGAGCAUGAGAAGACAUUCCUUUUAGAAUACCAUAAUCGUGUCAAAGAUGCCUCCGCCAAAUCUGAUAGAAUGAUCAGGUCUCACAAAAGUAAGUCUCCUCUCUGUCUCAAAAUCUCCACGUGCUAGGUAAGCUUUCUGCUAUAUACAUGGAUUUUAAUCAGUUAUUGAGAAUGAGAUUGAUUUGAGUAAUUCCAAUGGAAAGUAUUGCAUUUUUUUCUGUGAACUGUGAGUGGGACUGAGUCACUUUGGUAUCAUGUUUUAAUGUUUGUGGAAACCAGCCUGUCUGUUUGUCCUUGUGCUGUGCGUUGUAUUUUACGUCUAUUUUUUGUUUUAUAUUAAUUCGCUGACAAAUAUGGAAAUUGGUAAGUUGUAUGUUUAUUUGUAGUUGGGUCAGUCAGUCUUAAAGUGUUGGGGAUGACAGCCGACUCAAUUUGAAACUUGUCAUGUUCCAUUUGUUUUUAAAAAAUGUAUGAGGACAAUAUCUUGUAAAUAUCCUAACAGGUAAGAGCCAUGAGCUUGUCUUUAGUCUCUUGAAUGAAACGUUUGACUUCAGGCUUCAGGCUUCAGGAUCCAAAUUUCCCUCAAAAAUAAUAUAUAAUAUAUAGUCGUCUGUCAUUCCCAUGGAUCAGACUGUACAUCUGUCAUAUCCUAAACUCCGGUAGGAACUAUUAUGUAUUGUCAUUUACUUCAUUUCCACAACAUUAAAACGUGAUGCUAUAUUAGAAAAGUGAAAAUGUCCAGCUGCAGAUGUUAUUUUCUAAAAAUCUAUGCUUGCAUUUUGUUCGAUGCAUUUUGUACAUGAUUGACCGACCAUCUGUGUGUAUGAGUACGGGGGUUUAGGUGUUAUUUGGAAUGUCGUGAUGUAAUCUAAAGUUGUGUUCUUGUGUUGCAGGUGCUGCAGAUGAUAUCAAUAGAAUUGCCUCCACACUGUACACUUUAGGAACCCAGGACUCCACAGAUGUGUGCAAGUAUGAAACUAAAUUAUUUGUCCUUUUCUCCCUAUACAUUGUUUGGUGCCAAUAAGCUUUGAUCCAACCGUAACUCAAAUGCAACCCACUGUUUUCCAGAUUUUUCUUGAAAGUCUCUGAACUGUUUGAGAAAACACGGGUACGUUCUUUUUUUGCCUGGUCUUUUGAUUCUAUGUAUCACACAAUUGUGUACUAGCAAUGGCCGCUGAAGUCAAUAACUAGCCCUAUAUUCACUACAUGUCAUGUAGCUUCAUCUAUCGGCUGCAAUGCAGAUUAGCAUCAAUGACAAAAUGAGUUUUGUCUGAAGUUCACAAGUUUCUGUUGGUGUCCUUCCUCUACAGAAAAUAGAGGCUCGAGUGGCUGCGGAUGAGGACCUGAAACUUGCAGACUUACUGAAGUAUUACCUCAGGGAGUCGCAAGCUGCUAAGGUACAAUAUCUAACUUGACCCUGCAUUUUUUAAAUCAUCAAACAAUUAUGAUCAGAUACGCUGGUCAGUUAUCAGAGGUAGUAUUGGCGCAUUUCCUGAAGAAUAGUCUCUUCAACCUCCAUCCGUUUGCAUUUGUUUGCCUUAAUGGAUUUUUCAUCAGACAGCAUAGUGUUUAGAUUAUUAUUAAUGUGCUAAAUGGAAUCUGCUGUUUCUUUCUUCAGGAUCUAUUGUACAGACGAGGGAGGGCCCUGGUUGAUUAUGAGAACGCAAACAAAGCUCUGGACAGAGCCAGGGCAAAGAACAAAGAUGUGCUUCAGGCAGAGACCAGCCAGCAGGUGUGCUGUCAGAAGUUUGAGAAAAUCUCAGAGUCUGCAAAGCAAGGUACUUUAUCCACUUGCAUUUAUAAAUGUUUAUACUUGUUUAAGAGUAUUAACAAUUCAAGACAUUUCAUACUUUUCCAAAAAGUAUUCCUCCCUGUUAAUUAAACAAUAGUCCCAGAUUUUGCAUGUAAGAGAAGCUAAACCAGAUUCAAAUCAAAUCAAAUUUUAUUGGCCACAUGCGCCGAAUACAACAGGUGCAGACAUUACAGUGAAAUGCUUACUUACAGCCCUUAACCAACAGUGCAUUUAUUUUUAAUUUAAAAAAGUAAAAUAAAACAACAACAAAAGAGUGUUGAGAAAAAAAGAGCAGAAGUAAAAUAAAAUAACAGUAGGGAGGCUAUAUAUACAGGGGGGUACCGGUGCAGAGUCAAUGUGCGGGGGCACCGGCUAGUUGAGGUAGUUGAAGUAAUAUGUACAUGUGGGUAGAUUUAAAGUGACUAUGCAUAAAUAAUUAACAGAGUAGCAGCAGCGUAAAAAGAUGGGGUGGGGUGGCAGUGCAAAUAGUCCGGGUAGCCAUGAUUAGCUGUUCAGGAGUCUUAUGGCUUGGGGGUAGAAGCUGUUGAGAAGUCUUUUGGACCUAGACUUGGCACUCCGGUACCACUUGCCGUGCAGUAGCAGAGAGAACAGUCUAUGACUAGGGUGUCUGGAGUCUUUGACAAUUUUGAGGGCCUUCCUCUGACACCGCCUGGUAUAGAGGUCCUGGAUGGCAGGAAGCUUGGCCCCAGUGAUGUACUGGGCCGUACGCACUACCCUCUGUAGUGCCUUGCAGUCGGAGGCCAAGCAGUUGCCAUACCAGGCGGUGAUGCAACCAGUCAGGAUGCUCUCGAUGGUGCAGCUGUAUAAUUUUUUGAGAAUCUGAGGACCCAUGCCAAAUCUUUUCAGUCUCCUGAGGGGGAAUAGGCUUUGUCGUGCCCUCUUCACGACUGUCUUGGUGUGUUUUGACCAUGAUAGUUUGUUGGUGAUGUGGACACCAAGGAACUUGAAGCUCUCAACCUGUUCCACUACAGCCCCAUGGAUGAAGAGCAGUUAAUCUGAUAACUUUCUGUUUAUUCCGGAAUACAGAGCUCAUAGACUUCAAGACAAGACGAGUAGCAGCCUUCAGAAAGAACUUGGUGGAACUUUCUGAACUGGAACUCAAACAUGCUAAGGUAAUUUUGCAUUAUACAUGGCUGUCUAUUAAGACAUCCAAAACUGCUGCCUGUGCUUAGUAAAAGGCUGAACCUCUAUCUCUCUGUUUCUCCACAGGGUAAUUUACAAUUAUUGCAAAGCUGUCUCGGAGUCCUCAAAGGAGACACUUAGGUCUUUGCUUAAGGUUCACUGUACAGGGCUUUCCCCGCUUUGGCCUAAUCUUCACUGAGAAGAUGGAAGAGAGAGCAUAUCUGGGGUCAGUUUGUUUUCAGGAUGCCUGUUCGUAGUCAUCACUACUACCAGAGACACCAAACUCCCUUCACAACCCCACCUAAAAACGUGAGGAAGCCAGUGUGGAAUACCUGCAAAAUCCACACAGCACAUUAACCUAUAACUUUGUUUAAUCACGUCAACUUUUUAAUUGUUAACAAUCAUCGGUCUCCAUGGGAAUCUUCUCUCAAUCUAUAUCAUGUCAUGUCUGUCCAGAUGUGUUAUUUGUUAUUAUUUUGCUUAGAGUAAUCGUUGAGGCCAAUAGUUUCAGUAAAACUUUUCUGUGAUGCUGCUCAGUUACUUUGUUCAAGAUGAGCUGAUUGUUACUAUUAUUAAAGUGUAUUGUCACUAAAAGCCUUGUAAAUGUUGUAUUAGUUCUUACUGUACUGCUAAUGAUCGUUUGUCUUCACUAAUACUUUUGUUUUCAGUUAUUUCAUACAAAUUCUGUUCUUUUUCAUUCCAGACAAGUAAUGCUUCAGUAUGUUUGCCUUAAUGUAGAUUAAUCCUAUCAAGUAUUGUAAAAAACAAAACAAAAAAAACAUAAAUGGAUACGUUUGUUUUGUUUUCACCCAGAUUUUUUAAAAGUGCACUGUAUAUGAAUGUUUUUUUCACUCUGUGACCAAAGCUUCCAUUUAUUUAGAUGGAGAAAUGCUGAAACAAACGGUAAUAUGGAUAAUUAUGAUAAAAAUGAUGAAAAUAGUAAUAAAUGAUACUAUUUACCUUAGAACCAUUCUGAACAUAAUUUCAUUCAAUGUUUUGAGUAGGCUCUUUGUUGUCCAUCUAUCUAGUUGUAAUCAUUUUCAUUUCUGUAGCUUUUAUGACCCCGAGAAACAUGGAAUAAAAGCCAGGGGAAGCAAUGGAUAAUGUCCUUCAAUAUAUUAAACUCCAUAUCAACUGUUCAUAUUAAGGUUGAAUAAAAAAAGAUGGCCACUUUUUAAA